AUGGAACGAUUUUAUAAAAGAUUGUCACAGAGUGUUGAAUCAUCAUCCUCACCAAGUAAAGCUCCUACAACGGCCGCAUUAUCCCCGCCAUCCAAGAUGCCUCCCAUUUGUGGUGACUCUCAAGUUCCAUUAUCAAAUCAAGAUAAUUUAGAGUUUAAUUUGAAUAAUCUUCUAAGCGAUCUUGGACUACGACCGAGCAUAACGAGCUAUCCGCCAAAGUUGAUAGAACAGGUUCGUAGAGCUUACUUGUUAAAAGGUCCAUGUCAACCACGUGAGUAUGAUUUUCCUCACACUUUAGAUGGAAAUCGAAAAUGUAAAUUUAUUGCAUCUUGGUUUGAUGAAUUCAAGGAUUGGGUGAAGUAUAGAAUUGUGAAAGAUGUUGCAUACUGUUUAUAUUGUUAUCUCUUUUUUAUGGGGAGCAGUGAAAGAGGCCCUGACGCUUUUGUAAUGGGAGGAUUUAAUAAUUGGCGAAAGAAGGAAAGAUUAAGAGAUCAUGUUGGGAAUCAUAACAGUGAUCAUCAUAAAUGUAGAGUUGCUUGUCAAAAUCUGAUGAAUCAAGCUCAACAUAUUGAUGUGUCUAUUUCAAAAGCAACAAAUCAAUCUAAAAUUGAUUACCGUUGUAGGUUGAAUGCAUUGAUUGUUUGCUUGUGUUAUCUCAUUAUGCAAGGUCUACCUUUUCGAGGGAAUGAUGAGUCGUAUGAAUCUUUAAAUCAAGGAAACUUUGUUGAACUUCUAAAAGUUCUUGCUUCAUGUAAUGAGGAAAUACACAAUGUUGUGUUGGGUAAUGCUCCUGAAAACCAUAAACUUACUUCUCUUAUGAUUCAAAAAGAUAUAAUUAGAGCGACAUCAAUUGAGACAACAAAUGCUAUUAUUGAAGAUCUGGGACAUGACUUUUUCUCCAUUUUAGUUGAUGAGUGCCGGGAUAUCUCAGUAAAAGAGCAAAUGGGUGUUGUCAUACGUUAUGUAAAUAAGAGUGGAUGUGUUAUUGAACGCUUUCUUGGUUUGGUGCAUUUUAGUGAUACGACUGCAACUUCACUCGAGCAAGGUAUUUGGUCUUUGUUCUCUAUUUAUGGCUUGAGCAUCUCUAGUUUAAGAGGACAAUGUUAUGAUGUAGUGAGCAAUAUGAAAGGUGAGUUCAACGGACUAAAAAGUUUGAUAUUAAAGAAAAAUUCCAGCGCUUACUACGUCCAUUGUUUUGCUCACCAACUCCAACUCACACUCGUUUCUGUUGCUAAAAAGCAUACAAGUGUCAGUUAUUUUUUCAAUACUCUUACUCGUUUAACUAAUAUUGUUGGAGGUUCUUGUAAGCGUAGAGAUAUGCUCAGAGAAAAGCAAAAGGAGAAAGUAAUUGAGGGGAUUGCAAGCAAUGAGAUUGAGACUGAAAAAGGAUUAAAUCAGGAGAUGACUGUGAAGCGACCGGGUGACACUCGUUGGAGUUCGCAUUAUGGUACUCUCAUAAACUUGGUACAUUUAUUUCCAUCUAAUAUUGAUGUUCUUGAGUAUAUUGGGGAAAGAGGAAAUGAUGAUUCACAAAGGGCCGAAGCCAUUGAUUUGUUGGAGAUUGUGAAUAUGUUCAACUUUGUUGUGUACAAAUUGUUAUAUUACCGAGUACCGAAUCGAAUGAUCCGUUCCCCGGGUCGAUCUCUUGAGGAAGGCGGUUCGGAAUCUAGAAUUGGUGUUGAUGACACACGAAAGCAAGAUAAAUCCUAA